AUGGAGAGGACCUUUGGCCAGUUUGCAAGGGUCUUAGUGGACAUGGAUGUAACACAAGAGCUGAGGAAUUUGCAUAAAACUGAUGGUAACAGUGAAACUGUUGCAAAUAAUUUUGCAAAGAAACAGGCUCCUAUGAAGUAUGUGCAAGUUACUGAUGGAAAGAACAAACAGGGGAGCAAGUCUAAUGAACCGAUUGAAGUGGAUGAUGAGAUAACUCAAGAUGAAGCUGCACAAAAUAGCACACCAUUGCAGGCAGCAAACAAUACAACAACAAAAGAUGCAGGUAUCACUCAAGAAAACCGUUUCCAAGCACUUAAUUUAGAAACUGAAACUGAUCCAGUAACAAUGGCUAUGAGAAAAGAGGACAGACAACUUGAGCUGGAAAUAGAAAACAAGAAAGGGCAGAUGAAGAACAUAAACAUAGAGGAAGAAGAAAGCUCACAAGAAUCUGAAUUUGUUGAGGCAACGCAGAACUCUGUAGAUGAUUUACACAGCACUGACAACGAACAAGAAGGUGGACAUCAUGAUCUUGCUGAGUUAGAAAAAAGGAACAAGGCAUUACUUGACCAGUCAUGGGCCAAUAUAGCAGCGGAUGAAGAAGCUGAAAAGAGACUCUUGAAAGAUAUAGAAUCAGGGGAUGCACUGGAGAAUCCACACAACAAGCAUGAGUUUCAGGUGGUUACUAAGAAGAAUUUGAAGAAGAAGGCACCUCCAAAAAGUGUUUACGGCACUAGAAGCAACACUGACGACCAACAAGUAACAUUCUCGUGUAAUCUUAACAAUACCAUUUUUUACCUUACUGCCGUUUAUGCCUCCACAAGUAACUUGAAACGCAAAGAACUUUGGCACAAACUUUCAUCCUUGCAAACUAACCAUAAUGGCCCUUGUUGCUUUAUUGGUGAUUUUAACACCAUUCUUGGGGCUCACGAACAUAAUGGUUUCCUAUCCCUAGCCAAACCUCCAAUGUUAGAUUUUUUAAACUGGACCAAUGACAAUGACCUUAUCCAUAUUCCAACAAGGGGUGCAACAUAUACUUGGGAAAAUAAGAGAAGUGGUAGAAGACACACUAAGAGAAGGCUCGAUAGAAGCGUUUGUAAUCAGUCUUGGCUUGACCUUUGCACAUCUAUUUCCUGUUCAACCCUUACCAAUUCUUGCUCCAACCAUUACCCUAUUUUGUUAGACUUCAAAACCGACAAUAACAUUUUUGUCUCAAGCUUCAAAUUCCAAAAAAUGUGGUCUCUUCAUGAUGAUUGUAAAAAUAUUAUAUUAAACUCCUGGAGUGAAAGGAUCACAGGGUGUCCCAUGUUCAUAUUAAGCUCUAAGCUUAAGUGUUUGAAGAAUAAACUCAAAGUGUGGAUCAAGAAUGUUUUUGGUAAUGUUCACCAAACAGUUGAUGAUGCUGAGAAAAAGCUCUCUGUCAUUCAAGAACAAAUCAAUCUAAAUGGUCAUUCCGAUCAGUUAAUGCAUGAUGAGAAACAGGCACAAACCUCCUAUGAUCAAGCCCUACAUAUUCAAGAGGUUUUAUGGCAAGAAAAAGCGAGAGUUAGGUGGCAUUUGGAAAGUGAUAGAAAUUCAAGCUAUUUCCAUAGAGUGACAAAAAUCAAAAACAAAACAAAAAUGAUAUCAUCUCUUACUAUUGGGGAUGAAAUCAUAAACGACCCUCGAAUUAUUGCGGAACAUGCUGUGACUUAUUAUAAAAAUUUGUUUUCUUCUUCUAACGCUGUUUUGCAGGAUAACUUGCUUGUGGAGGAUGUAAUUCCAACUCUGGUGGAUGAAACAACAAAUAACCUCUUAAUAAUGAUUCCAUCUAAAGAUGAGGUAAAAAAUGAUGUAUUCUCUCUUAAUAAAGAUGGAGCCCCAGGUUCAGAUGGUUUUGGAGCAUGCUUCUUUCAACUUUACUGGGAUAUUGUUCAAGAUGAUGUAUGUUGGUUACUACCAGAUUAUAAUGCAAACUCCCUCAUUCUAAUUCCAAAAGUUGAUAAUGCUGACAAGAUAGAGGAUUAUAGACCAAUUGCUCUAGCAAAUUUUAAAUUCAAAAUAAUUUCGAAGUUAAUUGCUGACAGACUUGCUGAAACUCUUCCAUUUAUUAUUUCCAAAGAGCAAAGGGGAUUUGUUAAAGGUAGAAACAUAAAAGAUUGCAUUGCUUUGGCAUCUGAAGUUAUCAAUAUCUUAGACAAGAAAACUUUUGGUGGUAAUUUGGCUUUGAAAAUUGAUGUUUCAAAGGCAUUUGACACUCUAAAUUGGGACUUCUUACUUAAUAUCAGAUCUAUUCUUCAUUCUGCAAGGAUUUCUAUAUCAAUCAAUGGGGCCCAGAAUGGUUAUUUCUCUUGUAAUAGAGGCGUGAGACAGGGAGAUCCAGUGUCCCCGCUACUCUUUUGUAUAGCUGAAGAAGUUUUGAGUAGGGGGAUCAGUAAGCUUGUUGAAGAUGGCAAGGUAAAGCAAAUGUCAGCAGCUAGACAAGUUCUUGUUCCUUCACAUUGCUUUUAUGCUGACGACCUAAUGUUAUAUUGUAAAGGAAAUACAUCUUCUCUUGAGCAUCUUAAAGACUUGUUUGUUAAAUAUGCUGCUUGUUCUGGCCAAAUCAUCAAUAAUAGAAAAUCAUCUAUACAUGUUGGGGGUAUUUCAGAUAUGAGAUUGGAAAACAUGGUGCAAUUACUUGGUUUUUCGGUCAGGUCCCUUCCAUUCACUUAUUUAGGUGCUUCAAUCUUCAAGGGUAGGUCUAAAGCUUCUUAUUUUCAACCUAUAGCUGAUAGAAUCAAGGUCAAAUUAGCUGCAUGGAAGGCUUCAUUAUUAUCCAUUGCUGGAAGGGUGCAACUAGUAAAGUCUGUGGUGCAGUCAAUGCUAAUUCAUACUAUGACUGUUUACUCUUGGCCAAUAAGCUUACUCAGAGAAAUAGAGAAAUGGAUCAAGUAUUUUAUAUGGAGUGGAGACAUUAACAAAAGGAAGCUUGUCACAGUAGCUUGGAAGAAGGUGUGCGCAGAUCUAGAUGAAGGUGGUCUAGGGAUCGGGUCUCUGAUCAAAUUAAAUGAAGCAACAAAUCUCAACAUGUGUUGGGAUCUUUUGCGAUCUAAGGAGCAAUGGGGGCACUUACGAAGAAGUAGAGUUUUGAGAACUUCAACCUGUAUUAGACAUCACAUCUUCUCCUCUAUUUGGAGUGGAAUAAAGCAGGAAUACUCUGUGAUCAAGGAGAACUCUAGCUGGAUUGUAGGAAAUGGUGAAACAAUAAAUUUCUGGUUAGAUGAUUGGUGUGGAGCGCCUCUAACUCAUUCUCUCAAUCUUCACUCUCAUCAAAUAAGUGAUUUUCCAAGAAAGCUUUGCAAUUAUAUACAACACUUUCGCUGGUGCAUCCCUGAAGAUGUGACUCGGCUGCUCCCUAAUCUAGGAUUGACUGUCUCCAAAGUAAUUAUUCCUCAACAUCAUCAAGAAGACAUGCUGAUCUGGAAACACAUUGCCUCUGGAGUUCUCACGUUGAAGGAUGCUUUUGAAUUUAAAAAGAAUCACUUCCCCAAGCUCCCUUGGACGAAAGCAGUAUGGUCAAAAGACUUCCCACCCUCAAAGUCACUGCUUGUAUGGAGAUUAAUGCUAGGAAAAAUUCCUACUGAUGAAAACCACUCGACUAGAGGAUGUCAUCUUCCUUCCAUGUGCUCUUUAUGUGGUAAUCACUCUGAAACAUCAUUUCAUCUUUUUUUCGAAUGUCUAUAUGUUGUGAAUUUGUGGUGUUGGUUUGCCUCUCUUUUGAACAAAACCCUUCAUUUCCAAUCCCUACAAGAUAUAUGGUCAAUUUGCAAUAACUCUUGGAAUCCCCAAUGUAAGGUUGUAAUCACCGCCACCAUGAUCAACAUUAUUAACUCUAAUUGGUAUGCCAGAAAUCAAAUGAGAUUCAAUGAUAAAAAAAUCCCUUGGAAAUCAUCCUUAUCAAGUGUUUUGUCUAGCACGGCUCUUUGUGGGAAUCUUUCUACGGCUGUAGCAUCUUCUAGCAUUUCCAAUUUUGUUAUCUUAAAAAAGUUCAAUGUAACAUUGCACCCACCUAAAGCCCCUAGGAUUAUUGAGGUCAUUUGGUUGCCACCUCCUUCCACUUGGGUAAAAUGCAACACAGAUGGCUCCUCUACCAAUCUUGUCUCAUCUUGCGGAGGUGUUUUCAGAGACACUAGCUCAAACUUUCUUAUUUGUUUUGCGGAAUUUACUGGUAAUGGAGAUGCGUACUAUGCUGAGUUAUCAGGUGCCAUGAGAGCAAUAGAAAUAGCAAAACAGCAUAACUGGAACAAUCUUUGGCUGGAAUGUGACUCGGCACUUGUCAUUCAAGCUAUCAGGAAUAAAAAUCUUGUUCCUUGGAAAGUCAGAAACAGAUGGGAGUAUUACAUGAACAUUACGGCCUCCAUGAAUUUUAUGGCCACACAUGUGUUCCGAGAGGGAAAUGUUUGUGCGGAUAUUUUAGCUAGCUUUGGUUCAACCAUAAACCAUCUCAUGGUCUGGUUACAUGCUCCAGAUUGUAUCAAGACUCCUCUUGCUAGAAACAAGCUAGGAAUGAGUGAAUACAGAUUUCUUUACUUUUAG